AUGGAGGAGGGCCACGGGGGGCCCUCUGGAGUAAGUUUCCAGGGCUGGCCCUGGCCUAAGAAACCGCCGCUUAGGGUCAUCAAACCGAGUUCCCUCGGGGCUAGGGCGCCGACAUGCAGCCGGGGCUGGGCUGGUGUGCGCACGCAUGUGUGCGAGUGUGUACGCUGGUGUGCACGCGCGGGGCCGCCGGCGAGCGUGCGUUUCCGUUACCGGAGCCUCGGCAGGCUCCGGCCGCCGCUGCGGAUGCGCGCCCGGCACCCCCUCCCAGUCAGUCCCCUCCCCCGGUGGCUCUCGCUCGCCCUCUUCCCUCCCCGCGCAGCGUCGGCCGCCUCCGAGUGUGCAGGGCAGCGCUCCGCACGCGAGCCCCUCCAGCAGCCGCCCGGGUACGCACUGAGCGCCGAGCCCGGGGCGCGCGUGGCGCCCCCUCCCAGCCGCAGAGCGACGAUGAGCCGCGGCGUGGGGGUCGUGGAGAGCAGUGAUGACCAUCACAAUGCCUCUUCAGAAGAAAAAGGCAUUGACCGGCUGCUGGCUUGCAAGCUGGCCUCCUUACACGGAGGGCAAGGAGAGACUGAAGAAGGAGGCGAACCGCUCCAGAUUGGGGAGGACAGCAGCUCUGAGAGCAGCUCUGAAAGUGAAUCUGAUAAUGAGGAACCAGAACCAGAACAAACAAAUGGGGAGCCAGGAGGGUCUUGCACGGAGGAAGCUUCUGCUCAGACAGAAGACUGGGAGGAUAAAGAAUUGCCCAAAGAUCAUUCACAUUCAGAACUGAAAAAGAUCCAACCUUACUGUGAACACUGUAAUGCUGAAAAUAAACACAAUGAACAAGUGACCCCCAGGCUCCUUUCCAGGGAACAGUUUUUACUGAAGUUGGACACAGAGGGAACUUACCAGUGCACGGAAACUGGUCUGAUAUUUGAGGUUAACAGAAAAGUUGACAUCAAGUAUUGCGUUUUGUCCUGGAGCAAAUAUGCAGACCUGGUUGUUAAACCCUGGGUUGUCGGUGGACCCUUGUUUGAUGUUAAAUGUGACCCAACCUGUCUUAUCUCCAUUCAGUUUCCACAUUCCCUCUGCUUGGGUCACCAUGAUGCCAAUAUGACAUUCAAAGUCUUACAUGUUAAAAGUUCUGGGGCCUCAUUAGAAUCUACCGUGGAUCAUUCUACAACCCACGUCAAAUGGCGUGUGAGCUCUCUUUCUCCUGUGGGACCUGUUAUUCAAAGUGAAGAGACCGUAUACCACCACGGGGCUGUGGUUCUCUACAAAGCCAUUGACCAUAACCCAUCCUUGUCUUUUCGAGUGUACAUAGCAACCAAUAACGAGUCUUUCAUCAAGGAUAUUUCCAAGUCGGUAAAGCACUCCUCUAAGAAAUUCAUGAAAAUUGACAAGCCUCCUGUUUGCCAGAAGUUAUUGCAGAACGGGAAGAAAUACAGACUGAUCAGUGAACCAGAAGCUGAAAUCACCCCAGAGGAAACUGAAUUUGUUGAUGGUUCACUUUUAAAAUUGAAAAAUUACAUUGAAGUGUAUUUGGAGCAACCAGUGGAGUUUAAAUUACUUUUGGUCGAAAUGGAUUCUGGGGAAAUUGUAUGGAAAGCAAAACUGAGAGAAUGUGACUGGGUUCAGCAUGAUCAGAAUCAGAACAUUUCGAAAAGAAGCACAAAUGGUAACAGGCGGCGAAAAAUGACUAGUAGCUUAUCUGAUGAGGACGUCUAUGACAAGAGAAUGAAGCAGGUUGACACUUCAGAUGGAGCAAAGACCAGAACCCUUUUAACAGACGCACAGUUGAUUACCCUUGCUGCGAAGCUGGGGAAGGAGUGGAUAAAAAUUGCCAUUGCCAACCUGGAGUUGGAGAUUGGGGAUAUUGAUGAUAUCCGGGAGAAGAAAGAAGACAUUACGAUGUGUAACUUUAGGAUGCUGAAGAAGUGGCAAGAAAAGGAGCAGGGUAAUGCCACAGCCGAGAAUUUAUAUAAGUGCCUGAAAAACGUUUCUGUUGAAGUCCAAGAUGUGCUGAAAGGUUUCUUACAGGAAAGGUGAAGUUUGGAAGAUGAACUGAAAAAGGAAGCCUCAGGAACUUUUAUCUGCAAAAGACCACUUCAACUGGUAAUUGGGUAUGGACUUGAUGAGUCCUUGAACUUCACGGUCUGGAGGCAGCUCCUUUCACACAGGCAGCCACUCCACAGCUCGCAUUAUUCAGGGGCACAGAAAAUGUAAAAUAUUUGGAAAACUUAAAGGAAAGGAAAAACCUUUAUAACAUCGAAUUUUUUUUUUUUUUUUUUUUUUUGCACCUCCUGCUCACACCAUCCUGCCCUGCUUCCCCAUCUAACAUCUGUCCUUACAAAGGUGCUUAAAAUGACUCCACUCAGAUGAGAAAUGUGGUAAUUUUCCUUUUGGAGUCUGUGAACUAUGAAAUUUGUAUCAAGUAUUUGAAAACUUUUUAGCAAUUAAGAAGUGGUAGUGUGCUUAGACUUGCACCAAUUUAGUUGAGCUUUUUUUCAUUGUGACCUUAAUAAUGACGAGAGAUUCCUGUUCUUUCAGCCCCCACUCAGACAGACACACAUGCCCCCAGGUACAGUAUAUCUCCAUAGGUGGGAUGCUUUCUGUAGCUCACUUACCAACCCGUCUGGCUGGUGGUCUGUUAAACCGGUAAACCAGUCAUGUUGCCUGGUCCUAGAGUGAUGAGAGGAGUGGAAUCCUGUUCCCAUCACAGGUUGGGGUACACGCUCAGAGGUGAUCUUAUCUCAUGUGGUCAGGAUGGAUGGAUGGUCAGAGAGUCCCUGGAAAUUUCAUCAACAUUCCAAAAUCACAGCGCCAAACACUACAUUUCUUGACUUUCACCCUGGGAGCAUUUACUUUCUGGGGGGAAAAAUGCUACUCAGAAAUAGCUGUAGCAGGACCAAGGGAAAACUGUCGUAUCUUCUUGAAGAAGAUUUGCCCCAGGGAAUAAUGAGCCACAUUGGCUCUUGUUAAUUGGUGAAAUGGUUUUUUGGGGUAUGUAUAGAUAUUGUCACUCUCCCAGAAUCAUGCAUGUGGUGAUUAACAUUUUGGAUAUGUUUUGUUAACUUACUUGAAGAAACUAUAAAUUACCAUUAGUCUACUGUAAGAAAUAGCUGGAGAAUAAAAUAAAUCUCAAUGAAUUAAUCAGAGAAAUACACUUUAACUAUUGUUUUGCCUGUGAAGAACAGAUUUACUUUAUAGGGGAGAACAUAUUUUUAAUUGUCAGGGAUCCUGUGGAAUUCAAAUCAGUGUCACUUUAUAAGUUUUUUUUUAAAUUGUACUAUAUUUUAGGAAACACAGGAGUUUUAACAUUCAGGAGUGUAAAAUACUUUAUUAAAGGACUUGAAUUUUUAAAUGUUUAUUAUUUUUUAUAAGUUGUUUUCCGAAGAAAAGCAUAAUUUCAGAGGUGCUUUGUAUGUAAGUGGUUUCCUAACAAUUUUCAACCUUUUUCAUACUAUGGAUGAAGGGAAGAAAAAUAAAUCUGCAUUUGUACAGUA